UACACGGGUUGUUACAGAACAAUAGUGAGGUUGUAUAACCGCUCAUAUAACACAGUAAACUACCGUCAUUAUUACCUACAGCUCUGUUUUACUGUAUCACUGCCAGAAUAGCGACUUUACUGUCCAGAAAAAAACAGAGUUUCUUUGCUUUCAUAAAGAGCUCGGCUGACUAACAUGCUGAGAGCCGUCGGUAGAGCCGUGUUUGGAGGACUGGAGAACCCAAAGUUCACUCCACAAGAGAGCAAGGGCCAGGACUAUGAGGUGCGAACCUACCACACUACACAAUGGGUCAGUACUUCAGUUACAGAAAUGGAAGAGGACAAAGCCUUAAGUUCCGGCUUCAUGAGACUCUUUAAAUACAUCCAAGGAAAUAAUGAAAAGAAUGCAAAAAUUGACAUGACAGCUCCAGUGACUUGCCUGAUUAAUCCUGGAGAGGGACCGGCCUGUGAAAGUACCUUUACUGUGUCAUUCUAUGUCCCUGAGGAGCACCAGGCUGAACCCCCAAAACCCACGACACCUGAGAUUUUUAUCGAGAACAGGAAGGAGUUCACUGUGUUUGUCAGGACAUUUGGAGGUUUUGCAAACAGUCAGAACACCCGUGAUGAGCUGCUGAAGCUUAUUGAGAGUCUAAAGAGGGAUGGGAUGAGCUUCAAAGAAUCUCCUUACUACAGAGUGGGCUAUGAUAGUCCCUUCAAACUGAUCAACCGCAGGAACGAAGUGUGGCUCAUAAAACAGGAGGAUGAAAAGCAGUGAGUCUGAAGUUCCAGAGUGUAAGAAAGAAACUCACAGCUGCACAGGUUUAGUACUCGCCUACAGCCAAAGCAAAUCACAAGUAAAGCUUCAGCAUCCAAAAGUAACUCAAUUAAAUUAAAAAUGCUUUUCUGAGAUGAUUUGAAGUAUAAAAUGUGCUGCUGUUUUGUCAUAGUAGGCAGUUGAUUUAAUGUGCCUUAACUAUCAUUUAUACCUUAUGAUUGGCUGAUGUGUAUAUAUACAUUUUUAUAACAGCUCUUUUAUAACAGUGAGCUUAAGAACAAAGAACCAUGCUUGAAUGUAGACAUCACAAUGAAAAUACUAGUUAAUAGUAGACCUGUAUUUACAUUUACGUUUUCGGCAUUUAGCAGACGCUUUUAUCCAACGUGACUUACAAUAUUGUAAGAGUAUACUGUCUAAGCAAUAGAGGGUUAAGGGCCUUGCUCAAGGGCCCAACUGUGGCAACCUGGCAGUGGUGAACCAGCAACCUUUCGAUUACUGACCCUGUACCUUAACCACUAGGCUACAACUGCCCUAUUUAUAAUCUGCUAACAUGCCUUUUGAAAUGGAUUUGAUCAUCAAUUAAUGCAGAGUUGAACUAAAUAAGAAAAAUUAAAAACCAAAAAAGGAUUUAAGAGGAAAAACACAAUGCCCAAUUGUGUUAUGUAUAGGCUACAACUGAAAAUUAAAAGCAGUCUAGAUCAUUAUAAAGCUGUGAUACGUGAAGACAUGAGCCAGUGUUUUGUUUACAGCUUGUUGUUUACAUACAUUGCAUCAUGAAACAGCCUUCAAGCAUAACUGCUUACUUUAAAAUAGAAGUGCCUGAAGAUUCAAAUUUAUGAAUAAAUAUUAGUUACAUAAUUAAGAAUCCUCUGGUCUCAUAAAUGAAUUUAUGAAAUAUUUACAUGUGCUAUGAUGCACAUGUAUUACGUUUCUCUGUUGACAUAUGUGGUAUUACUUAAUAAAAAAAAUAAUAACUUGACGAACAAGAAAUGUUUAUGAUUAACAGAAAACUAAAUUUGUGAUUUUAUUGCAUGUGUAUAAUUAUAUCAUUUUAAUGUUUAAUUAGUUUAAUUGAAAGCUAUAAUGUAUAGGAAGUAGUUUCUAACAGCCUAGGAGUUAUGGUAUGUGCAUUGUACGAAAUUAUGUACAAAUGUUUACAUUCAAUGUUAUUACAACUAAUAAAAAUGCCACUGUUUUAUGUU